GAUAUAUCUUAGUUCGUGAUUUUGCCAUAAUAUUAUAUCUUAGGCCAUGAAUGGCGUAUUGACGUAUGUGUGAAUAAAACAAUACUAUAUACAAAAAUAUUAAAAAGUUUCUUCUCUGAAGUCAGAUACUCAGAUUAUUAAUAUCUGUUUUUCAAUUCAAUUUUACAUACCUUUUUUAUUCAGCGAAAUUAUAAAUUUGCAGUAUUAUUUAAAUUUGUUCAUCAUUCCAUUUUUAAUAAGAAUAUAUUUUAAAUCAAGUGGAUAAUUUUAAAAUGUCAAACUUACGAAAAAUUAACAAAGAUCGUUUAAUCGCUUUUUUGAAACACUUGGAGAGUAAAAAUACUGGCGGGAUAUAUUCAGAUUGUUUAGUAAGUUAUUUUCAUUGUGAACCUUAUCAUCCAUUUAGAGUUGUUUAAUAUUUAAAUUUAAAAGUAUAUAUUUUUACAAUCUAAAGUUUCCUUUUGACAAAUUGUUUUAUUCUCUGUGAAAAAUGAAAAUAUAUGUUUUUAUUCACAUAUAUUUUUGAUUUUUAGUGCACAUUGAAGACAUUAUUGUAUACUUCUCCAAACUUUUCUUAUGACACUGCACUGAACACACACACUAAUGUACAAACCUUUUUUAAUUCUAUUAAUUUUGAAGCCAUUGAACCUGAACAUAUUAUCAAAUUAAAACCAAUACUCUAUCAAGCAGCAGAUAUUGAUGUGUAUGCACGUUACAUUAAAUCUAUUUUGAAUAAAAAUGACAAAAUAUGCAAUCCGAUUUUAAUGGAUAUUUGGACACAAUUAGGAUUACGCGUAUUGAAGUUACCUAUAUUUAUUCAUGAAAAGUGUAUUGAAGUUAAUCCUGUGAUAUUUGAAAAAACUAUUUUGUCUGCAAUAUCAUUGUGGCAAGUCCAAGAUUUAAUUGAUAUAUGUUUCAAAUCACCAUUGGUUUUCCAAACUUGCUCAAGUAUAUUCAAUGAAUUGUUAAUUAAAUUAAAUUUUUCAGACAGAUUUAUAGAUUUUUUGGUAAAUUUUAUAAACAACUUUUGCUCUCUCUGUGAGGAAAACAAUAUAGAUUUCAUUGAUUUCUAUCCUACAAAAUGUAAAAGUGUAUUAAUUCUGAGAGCUAUUAGCAAAAGUAAUUCUAGUGAACUAUCAAAAUGUUAUUUAAAUGAAGAAGUUAAAAAAUUAGUUUUAAAUUUUCCCAAAGAAUCCAUAUGUCUGUUCAGUCACUUUCCUGAUUUGUAUUUACCAAUUUAAAUUAUUGUGUGCUAUUUAAUUACCUACUCAAUUGUAAUACUUAUCCUUCAAUUAUAUAAUUAUACAAUUUUUAAAAUUUUUUUAUGAUCUAUUUAACUGUUUUCUAUUUUUGUAUACAUACCACAUAUUUUUAUGCCUGU